UAUUAUUAUUAUUAUUAUUAUUUAUAAGUAGAAAGACAUCGAGAGAGAAGCAGAUUCAGAGAUAGAAAGAGAGAAAAGAGGAGAUAAAAUGGGUUGUGGAAAUUUGUUGUUGUUGACAACUUUGAUAACCUUUUCUGUAGGUUUGAUUAUAGCAGAUGGUCCAUUAAAUCAGGAUUUCCCAGGUUCAUCGAAAACUUGUUCGAUUUCGAUGGACCCAGUGGAGAAAUCAAAAGGGAAAUCUGGGUGUAAGAGGCUGUUCCACACGGCGGUGACGGCGUCUGACACCAUCUACAACACGUGGCAGUGCAGGGUCAUGUACUACGAAGUUAGUUAGAAUUCCGUUACAGCCGGUUUGUACCGUUUUCUAACUAACUUCCAGAAUCUCUUAAGAAGUUGUAUCGUUUCUUAUGCGUGAAUUGUGUAUGACUCUGUUGUAUAAAUCUUGGCUCUCUGAGUCUAUCGAUCACAAUUUUCAUUCAUUCCUAAUCUUCAUCUCUCUCAUGGCACCUCCUAGUCCUACCAGAACAACUCCAGAAGUUUCUUCCAUUGACACCGUAGUAUCUCCUUUUCUUUCUUCCACCGUCGUCGCUGCUCCGGCGACUGUUACUACGACUGCUUCUUCUUCAGUCGCCGCCAUCGGAUCUUUGACGAUUGGCUCCGGAACCACUCCGUUCGUUCCCAUUCCACCGACUUCUGCUUCCACCGAGUCUUUCACCUUCUCCUCUGUUGCGUGUUCUUCGCUGCCGUCUUUCUCGGCUCCGGCGACUAUUUCCACGCUUCCGCCGCUGUCUUCUUUUUACUCGGCUCCACCACAAGAAAUUGAGAAUCCUCCCAUUCCUCGACCUCCUGCUCAAGAUCCAGUUCCUCCGAUUGCUCCGCCGAUUCCUCCGAUCGCUCAACCUCAAACAAAUAGUUAUUUUUAUAUUUCUUCAAAAUUUAUUGGAGAAAGAGAACAGAUAUAUUGGAGGGAUGAAGAAGGGAAGUUAUGUGGUUUUAAUCUCAAAUCGCUUGGUGAAUUGGAAGGAGACGAGAUCACCUUAUAUUCUUUUUGUAAUGGACUACUUUGCUACUCUCGGACAUCUUCUACCCAAGCUUUCAUAGUCAAUCCACUGAAGGGGGAAGUUCUUUUCCUCAAACAGCCACCUUCACCUUCGAGUCCUUCACUAAGAAUUGUUAGGUCAUCCUUCGGACUGGGUGUUUGCGGGGAAUCAGGUAAUGAGACUUUCAAAAUUAUUCUUCUUCAACGUACUAAACAUGCGAACCUCGCUAGUAUUUUGACCUUAGGAUCUGAUACUUGGAGAGUCCUCCGCUACCCCUCUGUUAUAGACGUAGAUGACUUAGAAUUCUUUAUCGAACCUGUUUUUGAGAAAGGAUUCCUUUAUUGGUAUGCACCACUUGAACACAUCAUCGUCUUUGAUGUUAAGCUUGAAAAAUUCUCAAUCAUAAAAACUCCAAUUGAUGCAAAGUGCAAAAUAUGCUCGCCUAUGGAGUUUCGUCUGGUGGAUUUAGGUGGCCAUGUAGGUUUCGUCAAAGCACACUGGGGAGUUUUGAGAAUUUGGUAUGGUACGAACCACAACAGUGAAGGAAAAAUCACUGAAUGGAAAAAAUAUGACCCCAUUGACAUUUAUCAUGAGGGGGAGCUGUUUGAUUUCUCAUGGACUUUACAAGUUUUAGGAGCAUGGAAAGACGAAUCUAGCAUGUUGGUCUGUAGCUCGACUUUGCCUAGAGUUUUUUUCUGCUAUAACUUUGUUACUAAGACUGCUACUGUGGUUGAUUUUCCCCCUAAGCAUUUAGUGUGUAACAGCUAUAGAGGGUCGUCUCUUUUGCUUACGGAGUUCCAUGGUAGUUCUGAACUAGUGUAUCUACCACCUGGACUGAACUACAACACGAGCCGAAGUGGUUUAAUAAGGAGGGGAAUUGAAGAUAUUUGAAGGACUUGAAGAAACAAAGCAAGUUUUCUUUCAGCUCUCUAUAAUAAAGAAUUUUGUAUACUUUUUUUGUGCAUAGUACUACUGGCCAUUCAUGUUAGGUUAUGCCUAUAUUGCCUAAUGGAUGCACUGUAGUAGUUAGGAAGUUGAAUCAGGUCUAGCAAAACAAUUGAAGUUGACAUUUUAUUUUCGUCGGCAUUUUUGGUCCUUGAUACUGCUGCUCAGAGAGAUUAUACUGUUAAAAUUGUUCUGUUGAUAAUAGGUUCGGUUGUGUCCUCUAUGGCUUACAUUUUAUUGUCAUUGUUAAAAAGUAACUAAAUACAAAAAUCUUAAAGAUAAA